AUGCGCAUUGUAUGGCUCGUCGUGUUGGACGCUUGCAGCAGACCUGGAGCGGGCAUUGAUCAAAACGCAUCUCCAAAUGCUACGAAUGUGGUUUUCGUGUGGGCUUUCGUGAGGAAUCCGUUCCUCCGCCGUGCUUCCAUGGUGAGAUACUGCAUGGAGGGACACAUCUGCGACGCCUGUGCCAAGGACGACUGUGGCCGCUGCUCGAAUCAGCACUGCGCGUCCAUGUACCCAAACGUUGUGUCACCUGACGACGAAUCGUACGUGGACUACAUUGGUCACACCGAAACGCUGCACGACGACCUGACUGAGAUUUUUCUUGAGGUGCAGCGUCGGUUCAGAAAUGCAACUGGAAAGGGGAUCCGAUGGUACAAUUCUACAGACAUGACGAGCAUACAAGUGAACAAGGCGACCCACAGUCGAAUCACCGAGAAGGACACCUCCCUCGAGGCAUUCGCCCGCUGCCCGGG